UUCGUCUUCGAGGAGAGGUCUUUUGUUCGCAAAAGAAGCAUAUGAGAACAGCCGCAUUUGCGAUUGCAAUUAAAAUCGCCGUCGUGAUGCUGGGUCCGAGGGAGAGUGUAAAGCCGUUCGUGGUGCUUUCGUUUUUCGCUUUCGUCGUGGCGUCCGUAAGUAUCCAGAAGUAGGUUGCUCUUCUUAAUCUCGUAGAUUAUAGGAAGAACAAGUGCUCAAAUAACUUCGUGACCAUGUAUGGACAGAGGCACAUCGCGUUCGUUUCUUCUUACACAUGAGAAUGGGGCUUCGUGAUUUGGAUUGUCUGUCUGCGCAAGUUUGGAAAAGCAAAAGGACAAAGUAGCACGAUGCGUUUUUUCACGUCUUUUUACCUCGAUUGUUCUCCGCCGCCAGAGCUGAAGCAGGCGUUUCAGAGCGGCGACACGGGGCCACUGGAGAAGCUCCCGCAACACACACGCACAGUGCUCCGUCGUUGGCUGAGCAAGAAAUUUGACCUGUGCGCGAAUAUUAGGUCCCUGUGGCACAAGCGUCGGCUUGUCGAGCAGCUGCCCACCGACCGCGAGUGUUUGAACGAGUACUACUUGGAAGGAGCACAAAAUGCGCAGGACGUCAGCAGCCUGGCCGCGCAGAAAACGCUACUGGCCAGUGUGAUGAACAAGAUGCGGCCCGCGUUUCAGGGCGUCACCUUCGUGCACGAGAAGGACCGCGGGGCCUGGUUCAAGUGCUGUCAUGUAGGACAUCCCGCGGCCGCACACCCGCUUCAGAAGAGACUCUCGCAAGCGUACACACCCUUUCUCGAGUACCGCAUACGACAGCUGAAAAAGCAGCUGAGUGACGCGAAGAAAAAAACGAUACCGGGAAUGGAGCCCCUCCGGAUGCGGUACCAAAUGCAACUUGAGAAGUAUUCGGUUGCAAAAACAAACUCCUACCUCUCCUUGCAGUGCAAACGAGUGGACGAUCCGAAUCUGCUGGACUACGACUUUUAUGCUGUGCAAAAGUUGCAGAAAAGUUCUCGGCACAGAACAAAGCAAGAAAAUGUAGUGCGAAAAAAGAGAAAGCAUUCAUUGAGGACCAGAGCGCCGAUAUGUUCACCUUCGCCGGCCCGUGGUCAUAGAAUCUAUCAAGGAUUAAAAGCCACUGACCCCACCCAUGCUAACUAACACGCCUGGCGUCGUUGUUUUAUUUUUUGCGUGUUCCUGCUUACUUUUGCUUUUGCGCGUUGGGAAUAACAAGAAAUUUUUGCACUGCAUAGACCAGGUCUCACGUCCAGCACCCGACGGGAAGACCAAGCGGAUCCGCUGCGCUCGCACGAGGUCUGUCUGAGGGUGCAGCACAAGGGCUUUGCGGAGUUUGGCUUGUACAAUGAUCGGGAAAAGACGCAGUGCAUCCAACUCGGACUGGACGAGUGGCCCAACCCGAGUCGACCGGAUUACUUCAAUCUCGGACGCCCCGUGCGGUAUGAUUUUCAGAAUUUCAAAUACCUCAAGGAACGCGAAAAUUAUCGAGUGCUCUUUUUGUGAAGUAAUCUGUAAAGACCGAGUGUACGCGACUUACUGCUCCUUUCUGGUUGCAUCUAUGAUACAACAUUCUGGGCGCACGGAUCGAUGAUAUCCCUGGCAGCGAGAGCCGAGGCGGUGUUUCUUCCUUUCCCCUAGCGUGUUGGCUUCAUUGUCGAAGUUUUUAUGUCAAACUCCAUUCUCGGUAGGCCUAUGCCGUGAAUGAAACUUCACUCAUCUGUGAACAGAAAAAACUGUAUACUCACCACUCCUAAUAUAUUAUCGCCUUUGCUGAGCUGUGAGUUAUUUCCAAGAAAAUUACAACUGCCGUGACCGCACUCAUUUUGUUUCUGUCGUUGCAUUUAGUAGCUAUGCAAAAUGGCGCACAUUCGUUUUUACUUGCC